ACCUACUCCAAACGCUCUCCGAAAUUCUCUCUCGAGUGAAGCGAGAACAAGCUCUUGUGUCAGUCAGCUACGGUGCCCCGAGCCGUAAGGUUCCUUGUACUUUUUUUCGUGAGCAGUUCCUGAAUGCUCAGUUGAUGAUGAGUUACUCGUGAAACUAAACGAAAAUAAUUGCUAUUGAAAGAACCAUCAGGUUUUACUUCAAAGACGAUUGAGACAGUUUGUGUGUGCAUGUGUUAAAAGGAGACUUUGGUGUUUAUUUUUGAAAAUCGAAAAAUUAUUCGAGUGAGGAGCCAUGGCGAUGAAUCUUGUCAACACUUUGAGCAUACAGCUUCAUCAGCAGAUGAUGUAUCAACAGCACCAGAUGGCCUAUCACCACUAUCAGCAAGAGGAGAUUUCCAACCCGAACGGAUGGCCGACGAUGUUGAGCUCGACUAUGGCCGCCGGACCUCAGCUAACCGAGGACGUCAAGGUGGAGCUGGAGAACAGAAAGCUCUGGGAGCAAUUUCAUGCCGAGACUACAGAGAUGAUUAUCACCAAGUCUGGAAGACGCAUGUUCCCGUCGAUCCAGCUAUCCGUGAGCGGUCUGGAGCGUCGCAGUCGCUACUGCAUUUUACUCGAGCUGGAUCUGGCAUCGGAUCGCCGGCACAAGUACACCGGGGGCGUGGAUUCAAGCGGCAACAGAACGUCAGCAGCCACGACGACAGGACCAAGGGGAUGGACGUCGGCGGGCCCAGCAGAGCCGCAGCCGUCGCUCGAGCGCAGACUCUACAUACAUCCCGACAGUCCGGCGACCGGCGCCCACUGGAUGCAGCACCCGCUCAGCUUCUCCAAGCUCAAGCUCACGAACAACGUCGUCGAGCAGCACAGCAACGUGCUCUUGACGUCCAUGCACAAGUACGUCCCUCGUAUCUUGAUCGUCCGCUGCGACGAGAUCACCAACCUACAAGAUUUGUACAAAAAUCCGUCGUCCGUGUUCACAUUCAAAGAGACAGAAUUCAUCGCCGUCACCGCAUAUCAGAACGAGAACAUCACCAAGCUAAAGAUCGACAAUAACCCGUUCGCCAAGGGCUUCCGCACUGAAGGACAGUCAUCCUGUAAACGCAAGCGUCUGCGCAGGGAUGGCUGCAAUUCCUCGUCGACUUCGGAGAUAUCCUCCCACGAUGAAGAAGACGGCAAUGCCUCUUUGUCCGACUCUGACCACAACGAGUCCAGUGAUAGUCCUUUGGUCAAGAGAGCAAGACUACAUCACGAUGAAAGGUCCAGUGUGGGUAACUACGAAAACGAACCAACCCCACCAACUCAGAGGCUACAGGAGGUACCAGUGGUUCCUGAGCCCAGAAGAGAGACACAGCCUAGAUUACACAGACCCUGGGCGGACGAUUCCGAGGAGACGACGUUGAACAAUAAUAGGUUAACCGUCAAAAGUCUACCAGUACCACAAUCACUACCGGUGACAGCGCAGGUUCCCUUGAGGAUGUCUGCACAGUACGCGAAUUAUAUGGGGGUACAACCGGUGCAUUAUCAUGCAAUUAUGGCCCUAGAAAUGGCGAAGAUGCGUGAGAGAUACGUCGCGCAACACUUUCCAUUGCUCAUGGACUACAGACGAACUAUUUAGAUUUUAUUAUGUAGUUUAUAGGAUUAUACUUUAAAAGCGAUGUGAUCGAUAAACAAAAGUUUCUUUUUCCUAAGGAAGCUUAGGGAAUAGCGAGAUUUUUCGUAUAUUUUAUGCGUGAUAAUUAAAGUAAUAAGUGUAUAGUGUAAUAUUUAUGUUGUUGUAAUGAUAGCUAUUUUUAAUAGGCGUAAGUUUUUUGUAAGACUUUUAUGUUAACUUUGUAUUAUUAUACAAUUAUAAUUUAUUUUACAGAUGCCCUUUAUUAUAAAUGUAAAAAAAAGAAGGUCUGUAUGAGUGUGUUGUCAUUCGGCGUAAGGGAGAGUCAACUUUGACUUGGCACUUUCUUCGAAGAAAAUGGAGAAAGCACGAUAUGUUUGCUCAAGAAAGAGAUGUAUUCUCCCGUGCAUAUGUGAAAUUUACAUGUUUGUGUGAAAGAGACAGAUAAAUUUUGUGAACUUAAUAAAUAAUAAAUGAUGUUAUAUAUUGUUAAACUUAGAAAUAUUUUGGAUUCUGCUACUGUUUGAAAAGAAAUAAAAAUAUGAAUUCAAAAAAA